AUGGAAGUUACUACAAGAGUUGCUAGUAUUGACCAUCACAGGAUGAACCAGGCUAUACAUCAAGUUGCAGAAAACAGCUUCAAGGAUUGGAAAAGUAAAUUUCCUUUACCAGUUUCUAUUAAAUUGGAAAAAAUGCAGAAUGAAGUCCUCUUAGUCAUCGACACUCUUGUAUGGUUUAACCGGUUCAAGAGCGGAUGGAACUUGGACGAGCUCUCUAAGUGGCAACCAGUUCUUCAUUUUAUGCUUUCGGUUCUGGCACCUUACAUUCAGAACCGUUUGCUUUCCUCGUAUAGUCGCAAUAUCAGAUGGAUACAUAAGGUGGCCGCCACUUGUCGUUUAGCAAAUUUUUUGCAGCUUCUGCAUUUUUAUCAUAAGGGUGGUUAUCAAAACCUUACGGAAAGAAUCACGCGCUUAAAGAAUGUCAAGGAAAGAAGGCCGAGGGAGACACUAGGCUUGUUGAAUUUUGAGACUCUAAAUCGAAAGCUGAUGUGGUGUGUAUUUCGAGAUCUUAUGGUUCUUUCGAUUUCGCUCAGGAAUUGUUUUGCGAAGACAACAAGACAUGAAAGAGGUGAGGAGCACGCAGAUCUAAUGGAAGCAGUAUGCAUACAAUGUCAACAGAGAGUCGUGAUACCAGUGAAAAACGUUACCUGCGGACAUAUUUCCUGCUAUACAUGUUAUCACACCGAACCGUUUUGUGCAGUAUGUGGAAGCGUUACGAAAUCAGAUUGUUUCCGUUUUCUACAACUAUAG